CCAUCGAGUGCAAGGCUCAAGCGGCCAUUGUUUUUUUGUUUUGUUUUUGUUUUUUUUUUUUCCUUAAAAUUUUCUGAUAACCGAGCGGCCAUUGUUAGGUUGUUAACUGAGGAUAAACAACCCGAAAAGAAGACGAAGCAAGGGGGAAGAGAACGACUGUGUUUUAGUAAUCCUAAAAAAAAACAAGGAAAAAGCCGACGUCGCUGGGAUCGGUACUCCAGUUUCGCCAGCAGAGUAACCUCACACACACAGUCGCUGCCGAAAACCCAAACUUCGCUACAGUAAAUAGAUAUCGCCUGCGCAUCACAUUUAGGGUCCUUCUUCCUGUUAUCAAUCUCUCUGUAUCUCUGUAUGUGUUUAUGUAUACGUUGACGAAUCUGUGCUGUACUGUAUGUAUAUAUUUAAAUGUACGCGAGUCCAAAAUAUAAGUAGAAUGCAUGCUCGGGCUUCAAACGAUUUAAUCUCUAGCUAGUUGGAAUCGAUUUCCUAAUGUUCUCUGUCUGUAGAAGAAAGAUUGAUUAAGAAAGCUUCACGAGAAUCUUAUUUAUUUUUUCCAACUAGACGGGGACCUCAGGUCCUCAGCAAUCAUUUUUUUCCCUUCAAUUGUUUUUUUUUUUUUUUUGGGUUUAAAAUUACUAUGUACUAGUUUCGACAGUGUGAUAUCAUGGAUUUUCACUAGAUGAAAAUCUCUGUUAUUGCUUAAGGAAAAUAAAAUAAAAUAAAUUUUGAUUGCUAUCUUUUUUGGCCGUCAAGGUUUCUUUAUUUUUCCCCUUUUGAUAAUUAUGAUAGGUAGUUUCCCCCCGCCGGCGGGGGAAACGGGGGGGGGGGGGGGUUGUGGUGGAAGGAUAGAGCUCAUAGUGGUGUUUAGCUAAUUUCAGCGGAGGUUUUUUAUUCCUUUGUCUGUAAUAAUGAACAUAUAUAUGUCCAUGGAAGUACCAAUUCCAGAUGUCAGGAAUGUUGAAAUAGGAAAUAUUGCUAAUGAUACUGCUGCAGGGAUUGAGGGCUUCAGACAUCACGUUGACAAAAUUUCCGGGAAGGUUGACAAGCUCGAGCAGAGAGCGAAUGAGAUAGAACAGUUCUACUCGAGUACGAGUAAAAAGCAACUUAGCACAUCCAAAGGUAGCUCAAUAGUGAAGGAUAAAGAUAAGGAGAAACAUAUUCCAAGCAUCAAGAAGCAGCAGCAAGAUGCAUCACGUCGAGAAGCAGCUGCUGCAAAGAGAAUGCAAGAGCUCAUGCGCCAAUUUGGCACAAUAUUGCGCCAGAUUAUGCAACACAAGUGGGCGUGGCCUUUUAUGGAACCUGUAGAUGUAGAAGGUCUUAAGCUGCAUGACUACUAUGAGGUAAUUGAUAAGCCCAUGGAUUUCAGUACAAUUAAAAAUCAAAUGGAGGCCAAGGAUGGUACCGGAUAUAAGAAUGUUCGGGAAAUAUGUGCUGAUGUGAGGUUGGUUUUCAAAAAUGCCAUGAAAUAUAAUGAUGAGAGAAGUGAUGUUCAUGUUAUGGCCAAAACUUUGCUGGAAAAAUUUGAGGAGAAGUGGCUGCAACUUCUGCCUAAAGUUACUGAAGAGGAAAAAAGACGAGAAGAGGAGGAAGCAGAGGCACAGUUUGAUAUGCAGCUUGCUCAGGAGGCUGCUCAUGCCAAAAUGGCGAGAGAUUUGAGUGAUGAGCUGUUCGAGCUUGAUGUACAUUUAGAAGAUCUCCGGGAACUGGUUGUUCAAAAGUGCAGAAAAAUUACUACCGAAGAGAAGAGAAAACUUGGUGCAGCACUUACCAAAUUGUCUCCUGAAGAUCUAACCAAGGCCUUGGAGAUUGUUGCUCAAAGUAAUCCAUGCUUCCAAGCAACUGCUGAAGAGGUGGACCUUGACAUGGAUGCUCAGACUGAAUCUACCCUAUGGAGGUUGAAGUUUUUUGUGAAGGAUGCUUUGGAAGCUCAAGGCAAGACUUCAGCCGUUGCAGUUGGUCUAAACAACAACAAUGGCAAUGACAAUAACAACAGUAACAAUAAACGGAAAAGAGAGAUUUGCGAUGCUAUUGCCAAAACUGUCAAGAAAAAGAGUAAAAAGCCAUCUUCAUGAUAAUGUCUAGCAGUUGGAGAGUGCAGUUGGAUUGUGUAGUUUCUUGUGAACCUUUGAAGGCAAUCUCGGGGUGUAUUUCUAAUUCUCCAGAGUUGCAGAAUGGAUACGACGGUUCUAACGAGAACAUGGCGAGUCCGGGGAACUUAAUGUUGUCUUCAUCAGAGAUAUUUUCGUAUCAUGAAUUUGUUUGCGACCCGCUCAUUUUUAGGUGUUUAGUAUUUCCGAUAAAUAUAACCAUGCCUAUAGACAUAUGAUCCUCCUAAACUGUAACAUUUUACACAUUCAAUGAUCUUUAUAAAUAAUGUCUUCAUCUUUUUGCCA